AUGGCUGCUGCACUUAUUGAUGCAGUCGCCUCCAACGGCAAAGUCUUUACAGAGACUGGGGAUGAGGGUGCAAGACAGAAGGUCAUAGCCGCAGCCGCCGCUCUCAUUCAAGAGCUUGAGAACCCUGGAGAGCAGCUGGCGAGAAUUGGCUGGGGCGAGCCAACUCGGACAGCCGCCUUCAGAACCGGCUUUGAGCUGGGGCUUUUCAAGAAGCUGGGCGACGAGCCUCAGAGCAGCGAGCAGUUGGCAGCUGGCACAACUGCCGACCCUGUACUGGUUGCUCGAAUCCUGAAGCACCUGGCUGCCAAUGGCAUCGUCAAAGAGGUGGGCAUGGAUCAAUAUGUCGCCACACCUUUCUCCAUGUCCACUCGAGACCCAACCAUGGAAGGCGGUCUCAUCUACAGUUUCGAGGGCAUGAUUCCCACCUUUCAGGGUCUUCCUGAGUUCUUGGCCAAGACAAACUAUCAAGUUCCCAAGGAUGCCAGUGACGGUCCCGUUCAGUAUGGUCUCAGGACGGAGAAGCCUUUCUUUAGCAUCCUGAAAGAAAACGCCCGUCUUGGAAAGGCCUUUAAUGGCUUCAUGACUGGCUAUGCCAAGGCUAGACCUCGUUGGGUGGACUUUUACCCAUUUGAGGAACGUCUUGCGGCUGACGACAAGUCUGCUGAGCAAUCUGGCCCUCUCUUGGUUGACAUCGGCGGUGGUGUUGGUCAUGAGUUGCUUGGCCUGAACGCCAAGGACAAUGCCCCAGCCGGCCAGUUGGUGCUUCAAGAUCUCCCAGAGGUUAUCGAAGACGCCAGGACAACCGGUGACCUGCCUGAAAACAUUCAAGCUGUUGCACAUGACUUUUUCAAACCUCAGCCGGCGGAGUAUCGUGGUGCCCGCGCCUACUUUAUGCGUCUCAUUCUCCACGACUGGCCUGAUGCCGAGUGCGCUGUCAUCCUGUCUCACAUUCGAGAUGCUAUGGCCAAGGGCUAUUCCAGACUUCUCAUCAACGAGGCUGUACUGCGAGAUGUGGGAGCACCCUGGCAGCAGACAAGCCUUGACUGGACGAUGAUGGGUAUGCUCGUGAACCGAGAGCGAACAGAGAGCCAGUGGCGCAAGUUGUUGGCAGAUGCAGGACUGAAGAUUACUGGUAUCUGGCACAAGGAUUCGGAGAGUGUGAUUGAGGCCAUGUUGGAGUAG